GAUGACAUCAUGCUAGCCAACAUGGCGAAGAAACAACGUGGGAAAACGAGUUCGUCGUCAAAGACGGAGGACAGCGAAAAACGCACGGAGAGUUUCAGCUUGACUCUGGAGUCUAGCGACGAUGAGGCGCCAGAGGAGGUGACCUUUGAAGACUCCAAAGCUGAAGCUCUGCGGACCAUGAAACAGGCGCUGGACACGGCCAGAAGAGAAAAGGAGCUGCUAAAAGAGAAGAGGAGGAAGAGACAGGAGCUCUUCCAGGAACAGAAGAAAAGAAAACUCUUAUCGGCUGAUGUGUUGGAGGAAAUCGACUCGGCCCCUUCAAAGAAGCAGAAACAGUCUGUAGAUGAAGGUCAAGAGGAGGGAGAGGAAGACGGGAAGAAGAAGAAAAAGAAGAGGAGCGGGAAAUUGGCAGAUGCCCGAAAUCUGAAGGGGAAGUACACGGUGACGACGACGAAGGAGCGAACAUUGACGUCACUCCAGCAGCAGACGGCCUUGGAGUUCAUCCAGUCCAGACUGUAUGGACCGGGAACCUGCAGGACCACAAAUAAUGAGAUGCUGUCCCUCCAGAACAAGAAGGGGUGCAAUAAAAGCGCUGCAGUGCAGUUUGUCAAGAAAGACUGGGCCUCCAAGGAGAAAGUCAAAGCAGAGAAGCUGAAGAAGCGGUGGAUCCACAAACAGCAGAUUCCCUCCUCCUGAUUGGGUGUAAGUCAGCGGUCCCUCUGGACAGCAGCCAGCGAGCAGACUUUUCCUCACAGCCGUUUGAAAGGACUCGAAUCAGGGCUGUCAAACACCCGGGGGGGGGCACUGUUGAAGCUUCAGGAUGGGAGAGCAUACAGACUCUGAACUCAUCACAAGGACUCAAGACUGCCAACAGGCUGUUCAUCACUGCUUAACCUAUAAAUGGGGUUUUAUUACAUGAACUCAAAAGUUUGUAAGUUGCACCUGUUUUGUGAAGCUUUGUGUUUGAGGUGUUUUCAGACCUGAACCAGCCACAUGGUCUUUUUGUUUUUCUGUAAAAUAUUCUGUUAAAUGCUCAUUGUAAUCAUUUCUCAUAUUUUUUAAAUUACAAAAUAAAAACCUGAACACCUCAGGGAUGGUUUUAUGACCAACAGGUGUUCUUUCAUCUCAAA